AUGCAUAACCAAACCUACUUUGCGAUUUACACCCUGAUGGAACCAAAAGACUCAAAAUCCUACAGGCAUUUAUAUUUCACAUGCUUUUUCAUUCUCUAUGUCCUGAUAUUGUUUCUGAACAUUUGGCUCUGUGUUGUUAUUUUCUUGGAGAGAGCCCUUCAUGAACCAAUGUAUAUUUUUCUAUGCAAUUUGUGUUUAAAUGGUAUAUAUGGAGCUACAGGAUUCUAUCCUAAAUUUCUAUAUGAUUUAUUAUUGGAUUCAUAUGUGAUCCCUUCUAACAUGUGUGCCUUACAAGCUUUUGUGAUUUACAGUGCAGUUAAGUGUGAAUAUUGUACAUUAGCAGUGAUGGCUUAUGACAGACAUGUGGCUAUAUGCAGACCUUUAGACUAUCAUUCAAAGCUGAACAAGUCUUCUUGCGUCAUUUUAUUUGUCUUCUGUUGGUCUGUAGCAUUAAUUACAAUGAUGAUUAGUGUUUCCUUAUCAAAUAGGUUGUCAUUAUGUAAAUAUCAUAUUGAUAAACUGUAUUGUGACAACUGGUCAAUGGUAAAGCUCUCAUGUGAAUCAACUGUCACCAAUAACAUUUAUGGAUUUCUGGUUAUUGUAUUUAUGUUUGGCCUUUUUGUUUUUAUUAUAGUUUCAUAUAUUAAACUUGUAAUUGCAUGUAAAUCAUCAUUGGAGUGCAGAAGGAAGUUUUGGCAGACCUGUGUACCUCACAUAUUUGCAUUGAUAAGUUUCUCUAUUGCAGUGUGUUUUGAUCUAAUGUACAGCAAGUAUGGCUCAAGCGAUUUCCCAGAGGAUCUGCGUAAUUUUUUGGCUUUAGAGAUCACUAUAGUGCCACCUAUUUUAAAUCCUAUAAUCUAUGGUUUAAAACUUAAGGAAAUUCGUAAGAGACUUUCAAAACCAUUUUAUAAAAUCACUAAAACAUCAGGAUAA